CCUUCUUGUCCUUCUGUGAUUUAUUUGGAGGUUUAAAAUGAAGCGAGCGGACAAAACAAAAGUCACAUCGUCAGCUUUCAACCCGCUUUCAUGCCAGAAGAGACAAAAGUAAACGGGUAACGGACACAACGCCCUACGACGCUGUUUGGAAGCGGUUAACGUCAUGAAAAGUGCCAAGGAUGACGUGGGAGACGUGACGGAGGUGCCGGUUAAUCGAUGUACGGCAGAGGCGCCUCCCUCUGGGAUGUCCAAGAAUGGAUACUUCUUUCAAGAAAUGGAGCAGCGGGAGGUGGAGCAGGAGGAGGGCAGCGAGGGCCGAGAGGAGGGACAGGACUCGCCGAUCGCCUGCGGAGAUGACAUCCACCUCUACGACAACCAGAUCAGCCCUGGGCCAGAAACCGAUGACUCUGGCUGCGUGCUGCUCAACACAUCAAGGAGGUAUGUGAAGCUGAUGAACUUCGAGGAGGAGAUCCGGGCGCACCGGGACCUGGACGGCUUCCUGGCGCGGGCCAGCAUUCUGCUGGACGAGACGGCCGCGUCCCUGGACGACGUCCUGAAGAGGAUGUUGCACCACGUGGGUCAGGACGGUCACACGUGUGAGCCCGGCUGCAACUUCGAGGAGGUGAUGAGCUUGCUUUUCACAGAUGCGGGCGCUCAGGAAGUCAACGACCAGUCUCAGAGUUUCGUUUUCUUUGAUGACGUUCACCUGCUGUCAGAGACGAUCCAGGGCGUCACGGCCACGGCCACCGGCAUCCAGUACCAGCAGUCCUGGCUCUGCAUCCUCUGCAACGUGAAGCAUCUCCAGAGGCGUCACGUGUGCAUCUCGCGCCUGGAGAGGCCGCAGAACUGGGGGGAGAACUGCUGCGAGGUCCGCUAUGUCAUCUUGAUACUGGCCCCGCUCAAAAUGAAAAGCACCAAGACGGCGAUGGAGCUGGGCCGGACGUUCGCCACGCUCUUCUCCGACAUCUCCUUCCGGCAGAAGCUGCUCGAGACCAAGACGCAGGAGGAGUUCAAGGAGGCGUUGGUUUUCCAGAGGCACCAGCUGACGGCGACCAACCAGCAACCCACCGCUCUGGGGAAGGAGACCGACCCCCACAGUCACAAACCGCUCAAGUGUACAGACUUCUUCAGAGCCGGCCGAGGGAUUUAUGAGGACCUGUGCCGCAGGCUGCCGUUCUACCCCUCUGACUUCACAGAUGGUAUCGUCGGCAGUAAUAAAACCCUGCUGAAGUACAUGACGACGGCCAUCUUCCUCUACAUCGCCAUCCUUCUCCCCGCCAUCGCGUUCGGCUCCCUCAACGACGAGAGCACGCGCGGCGAGAUCGAUGUUCGGAAGACCAUCAUCGGCCAGAGCAUCGGCGGGGUCAUCUACUCGUUAUUCGCCGGCUCUCCUCUGGUCAUCCCUCUGACCACAGCCCCCCUCGCCAUCUUCAUCAGCGUGAUCCGAGGAAUCUGUGACGACUACAACCUGGACUUCCCGGCCUUCUACGCCUGCAUCGGCCUGUGGAAUUGCUUCUUUCUCAUCCUGGGAGGGAUAUUCAACGUCAGCCUUCUCAUGAAGCUCUUCAAAAGGUCGACAGAGGAAGUCAUCGCUCUGUUCAUUUCCAUCGCGUUUGUGGUGGACGCGGUGAAAGGCACUGCGAAAAUCUUUCAGAGAUACUACCACGCCCCGACGUUAGAUAACAGAACCGUCGACGCCUUCUCUCAGGGUGGAGAUCUGUCGGCGGCAAACAGGAGUGAGUUAGCCGGGGGGCUGGCGCUCAACGUCCUCCCCGAAUCCCUCAUCCAGUGCACUCGAGAGAGACCCGUCCUCUGCCUCCUGCUGAUGCUCGGGACGUUAUGGAUGGGCUACACCCUCUACCAAUUCAAGAGGAGUCCAUUCCUGCAUGCCAAAGUGAGGGAGGUGCUGUCGGACUGCGCCCUGCCGAUCUCAGUGCUCAUGUUCUCCUUCAUCGGCUCCUACCUUUUCAGUGACAUUGCACUUCCAGUCUUCAAAGUUCACGACCGGCCAAUCUUCAACGUGGCUCCGUUCGAGCGCCUGUCGGCCAUGAACGUGCUCAGCGCCAUGGGCCUCGGGUUCCUGCUCGCCCUGCUCAUCUUCAUCGACCAGAACAUCGUGGUCUCGCUGACCAACGCGCCGGAGAACAGGUUGCUGAAGGGCACGGCGUAUCACUGGGACCUGAUGCUCUCCGGCCUCAUUAACAUACUGAUGUCGGUGCUGGGGUUGCCGUGGAUGCACGCCGCCUUCCCCCACUCCACGCUCCACGUGCGCCAGCUGGCCUUUGUGGAGCAGCGCGUGGAGGGGGGGCACCUCUACGAGACUAUCGUCCAGGUGAAGGAGACGCGGCUGACGUCCCUCGCCGCCAACAUCUUCAUCGGCGUGUCCGUGCUGUUGCUGCCUGUUCCUCUGCAGUGGAUCCCCAAGCCAGUCCUGUACGGCCUCUUCCUCUACAUCGCCCUCACCUCCAUCGACGGGAACCAGAUGUGUGACCGCAUGGCUCUGCUCCUCAAGGAGCAGACGUCCUACCCGCCGACCCACUAUAUCCGCAAAGUGCCGCAGAGGAAGAUCCACUACUUCACCUUCCUGCAGAUGAUGCAGCUGCUGGUGCUGUGCACGUUCGGCAUGUACCCGAUACCGUACAUGAAGAUGAUCUUCCCCCUGCUCAUGAUCCUGCUAAUCCCAAUCAGGAUCAACGUGCUUCCUCGUAUCAUUGAGGCCAAAUACUUGGACAUAAUGGACGCGCAACACAUGUAGCUGCGGACGGAGACGAGCUGUGGAGCCACAGAGAGACGUGUGGAAUUUAAAAAAAAAAAGGAAAA